UGGAUUGCUUGUUUCAUUUGUGUUUUCAAGAAGUGCUCGAAUUUUUUUCGGGGAGACUUUCGCUAUCGACAGUCAGAUAUCUAAUAGUCGGUCUUAUACACUUGCAAUUACUUAGUUAUAAACCGUUAAUCCCGAAAAUAUCCAACAUUUCGGAAUUUUGGAAUUUCAGGAAAAAAAAUAAUUUAGAUUGGCACUGUUCGUCUUAUCAUUUUACAGGUUUUAAUAAGCUUUAGUAGUCAGUGUAUUAAAUUUCUUAUGCUCCUCUUAUAAUGAAUUUUUCUAUUUCACGCCAGAUAUGAAACAGACAAUUAUAUCAUAACAGUGUAAUUUCACUCCAAGCGCAAAACCUCUUUGGCACCUUUUAAGAGCACUAAAAUAUUUAGUAUAAUAAAGUGUAAACCUCGAUUUUCGAUAUAACCAUUAUUUUAUUAAAAUCAGCAGUAUUUCAGUCCAAGCAACAGUAGAUUAUAUGAUGGUAAAUAACCUCGGUUUAUAGAAUUCACGAAAAACGGUGUAAUUUUUCCCAUAUCUUGCCAUAUCGUUAAAUUUAGGUUCUACUGUACUUGUGCUUUAAGAUUAACCAAUUACCUUUCUUUAAAACCGAGUGACCAUAAUCUCAAACAAUACUCUCUAAGCUUUUGAGGUUGUACAAGGUUCACAGGUGCCAUAAAGCUGUGGGCCAAUCGGAUUGAAAGAGCCCAACGCGGUGUCAAUCAACGGGGGAUAAUGGUAAGAGACUGUUUGUAAAUAGACGCAAACGAAGUUCUGCUCUUGACAGUUGUGAAAUAUUAACGAGUUCAAACAAACUCGGGAAGGUAUGCCCAGGGCCCAGGUGCAAACUAACGAGAGAACUUAUACACCGAUCUAAUUUAAACUAAAACCUGGCUGCACUUCUCAUAUCACAAUUUGUGACCUCUUCAACUUUAUGAGAGGAAAAAGUCACUUCUCCCAGCUCCCCAAGAUUGUUUAGAGACAGGACAACACUACUGAAAAGUCGAAUUACUUCGGGUCAAUCAAGUUUUAAUCCAACGAGGACGCAGGACUGGCCAUUGACUCCACUCCAUGGAGGUUUGAGUAUGCUUAGCAAUUGGCGCAAAAAUAUCUUAAUUUGGCGUGCGAUAUUUUUUCUGUUAAUAGUCACAGCACCCGGCAUCUCGGUGGCGAGUUUUUACAAUGAAAGUGACGUCACUUCCGCUAAUCUCACAUUGGACAAGGAAUGCCACGUGGUAACAAAUGGCUGUUCGCCGGCUAAUGUGCCCUUGCCAUAUAAGGAGACGUUCACGCCUGCUUGCAACAAACAUGACGUCUGCUAUAGCUGCGGUCAACACUACAAAUGGGCGCGGCUUUCAUGUGACGAAACCUUCACUCGUGACAUGUACAAGAUUUGCACUAGACGACCGAGCAAGCGAUUCAGUAUCUCAGGGGUCUGGCAAUGGUUCAAGAGCCUAUUUACGUCAAAGGAGGCGAGGUGCCAUGUCGCGGCGGACAUGUACUACAAAGCGGUGCGUACAUUCGCCGCAAGCUAUUACGACGACCCUUCACCUAAGUGGUGCUGGGAUACCUGUGUGGUGCCGCUUGGUAGCCCCGAGAAAGUCCUUGCAAUAAGAAAAUAAGCUGGUGUGUAUUCAGCAACGGGCAUCGCAAGUGCCUUUGUCUGCAAGACGUCUUUAUCUCUCUUUAAAGCGAAAAUGUCAUCAUGCAACUGCGCAUCUAGAUUCCCCCACUUAAUCUUGGCGGCGGUUUGAUAAGCAUUUGGCGUAUGCAGAGACUCGUACUGGUUUCCUCAAGGGAGCACGGCAGAAUGUGUUUCUAUUUACCGCGCGAUUGAUAUUAUUACAAAAAUAAACCACUUUGUUAUACAACA